CCGCGGCGCAGCUCGGGAAGGAAUCGUCGCCCCCAGCCGACUGAGAUUCCGCCGAAGCCGGCGCCGCCGCCCGGGAUCUGCUCGCUGUGUUUUCCGCUUUCUCCAUCCUUUCUUUAAAAAAAAAAAACAAAAAAAAACCACAACAAAACCAGCCAGCCAGCCAACCAAGAAUCCGGUUUGUUGAUCGCCUUUUUUUUUCACCGUUUGCGGGAUUUGCAAACCGAGUUACAUGCAUGUCCAGUGGGGGUAGGUUUAAUUUUGACGAUGGAGGGUCCUACUGUGGAGGCUGGGCGGACGGCAAGGCGCACGGCCAUGGCGUCUGCACCGGCCCCAAGGGCCAAGGCGAAUACACCGGCUCGUGGAGCCACGGCUUCGAGGUGCUGGGCGUCUACACCUGGCCCAGCGGGAACACGUACCAGGGCACCUGGGCGCAGGGCAAGCGCCACGGCAUCGGCCUGGAGAGCAAGGGGAAGUGGGUGUACAGGGGCGAGUGGACGCACGGAUUUAAGGGACGCUACGGGGUGCGGGAGUGCACGGGCACCGGGGCCAAGUACGAAGGGACCUGGAGCAACGGGCUGCAGGACGGCUACGGCACGGAGACCUACUCGGAUGGAGGGACCUACCAGGGCCAAUGGGUGGGCGGCAUGCGCCAAGGCUACGGUGUGCGGCAGAGUGUCCCCUACGGCAUGGCGGCGGUCAUCCGCUCACCCCUGAGGACGUCCAUCAACUCUCUGCGCAGCGAGCACACGAACGGCGCGGCGCUGCACCCCGAUGCGUCCCCAGCGGUGGCCAGCAGCCCGGCCGUGUCCCGGGGCGGCUUCGUGCUCGUAGCCCACAGUGACUCCGAGACCCUCAAGAGCAAGAAGAAAGGGCUGUUCCGGCGCUCGCUGCUGAGCGGGCUUAAGCUGCGCAAGUCCGAGUCCAAGAGCAGCCUGGCCAGCCAGCGCAGCAAGCAGAGCUCCUUCCGCAGCGAGGCCGGCAUGAGCACGCUCAGCUCCGCCACCAGCGACGCGCACUCCACCAUCAGCCUGGGUGAGGGCGAGGCCGAGCUGCCGGCCGUCGAGGACGACGUCGACGCCACCACCACGGAGACCUAUGUGGGCGAGUGGAGGAGCGACAAGCGCUCCGGGCUGGGCGUGAGCCAGCGCUCGGACGGCCUCAGGUACGAGGGUGAGUGGGCCGGCAACCGGCGACACGGCUACGGCUGCAUGACCUUCCCCGACGGCACUAAGGAGGAGGGCAAGUACAAGCAGAACGUCCUCGUGAGCGGCAAGCGCAAGAACCUCAUCCCACUGCGUGCCAGCAAGGUCCGCGAGAAGGUGGACCGAGCCGUGGAGGCGGCCGAGCGGGCCGCCACCAUCGCCAGGCAGAAGGCGGAGAUCGCAGCCUCCAGGACAUCCCACUCCCGGGCCAAGGCCGAGGCAGCCCUUGCAGCAGCCCAGAAGGCCCAGGAGGAAGCACGUAUUGCCAGGAUCACUGCCAAAGAGUUCUCCCCCUCCUUCCAGCACAGGGAAAAUGGGCUCGAGUACCAGAGGCCAAAGCGUCAGCUCUCCAGCAGUGACAUCGAGGGGGUCUCCACCGGGACGCCCCUGCAGCAGGAGAGCCCCGAGCUGUACCGCAAAGGCACCACCCCCUCGGACCUGACCCCCGACGACAGCCCCCUGCAGAGCUUCCCUGCCAGCCCCACAGCCACACCGCCGCCAGCCCCUGCCUCGAGGAACAAGGUCGCCCACUUCUCCCGGCAGCUGUCAGUGGACGAGGAACGAGGCGGGGACAUCCAGGUGCUCCCGGAGGGCCGAGGAGGGGACUACGUCCUCAACAGCUGGGGCGAGGGGAAGGUCGUGGGCCCCCGGGCCAGCCGCGGCAGUGCCCUCCGUAGCGGCCAGCCCACAGAUGACUUCCGCACCCGGGGCUUGGGCCACAAGCCCCCCGGCAACCCCAAGCCCCGGGAGCGGCGGACGGAGUCCCCUCCUACAUUCUCCUGGACUGCUCACCACCGGGCCAGCAACCCCAGCUCGGGGGGCACCAAACUGCUGGAGCUGGACGAGGAGAAGCUGAGCAACUACGAGAUGGAGAUGAAGCCCCUGCUGAGGAUGGACGCAUACGUGCAGGAGGCGCCCCCCCAGAAAAGGCGUUACAGCAAGGGAGGCGCCUGCCGGGGCCUGGGGGAGGACCACCGCUCCGAGGACCGGGGCUUUGGGGCGCAGAGACCGAGGUCCAAGUCCCACAACAAGGAGAGCUCCAGGCCGGCCCCGUGUGUGGGACCCGCGGUACAGAGACUGGGGAGCCUGCGGCUGGGGGGCAGGGCAGAGCCCCGGCUGCUGCGCUGGGACCUGGCCUUCUCCCCACCCCGGAAGUCCGCGCCCGCAGCACUCGAGUCGGACGAGGAGAGCGGGGACGAGCCCAAGUCCAGCACGGGCUCCGCACCUAUUCUGGUAGCCAUGGUGAUCUUGCUAAACAUCGGAGUUGCCAUUUUGUUUAUUAACUUUUUCAUCUGAUGAGACUGUCACGUUAGCAAGAGUAACAGUCGGUAUACAAAAGAGGGGUGUCAGAACAACAAAAUGGGGAGACUCGUAACUCGGACCGCCCGACAAGUACUCCUGAGUCUUUUCACAGAAACACAGGAUUGGGUAUUACUCACAGUUUGCCUUUUUUUCUGGGUAAUGUUUUUUGGAUUUUAGCCAAAAUUCCUUGCUUGUAUAACACUAUGCUGUGUGGCAUGGCAGAAGGAGGCCCGCACGCCGACCCUCCAGCUUGAUGUGGAAAGACAAGGGACCCCAGCAACGCAGGGGCACAAAAGAUCACCUCCAUCGACGCCAUUGCACCCCGUCCAGGACGUGGGAAAUGUGGCGACUGGAGGGAGACCCGUCCGGCAUCCGGCUGUGCCUGGCGAAGGGGGACAGCGCUGUGAGGCGGAGUGCAGUCGGUCAGCCCGCUUUUCCUGCGUGUCUGAAAGAGCGGGUGACAAGUAUGGGCAUGAGGCACGGGGAAGAGGGCGUCCCUCCCCAGCUGGCAGCAGCCUGCACCGCCUUCUGUUGUGACCUGUGCCGUGUACUCAGGGAAGCAGAGCUCUGCCUUCUCUUCCGGGCACUGCCCCACAAAUUCCAUGGAGGCCACUCCCCACGCUGAGUCUUAAAGCAAAGUCCUGUUUCCUCUGCUGCCUGCCUGCCCUCCCGGCCCUGCUGGGCUCGUCCCGGGCCCCAGGGAGGCCGGGCUGCGGACAGCCAGAGGGCAGGAGCAGUGUGGGGACAUCACGCCUAGGACAUCACCUCUGCAUGCCACAUGCAGAUGUAUCUCCAGGGCCCUGUGUCCUUCCCCGUCAGAUGUCCAAGGCAGUGACGGCCCUUACGUGACGUCGUCUUCUCCUGCUAUCACUAAGCUGUGGGUUUUCACAUCUUUGUCCUGUACCCGCCUCCACUUCUCCGUACCUGCAUAUUCUUUCCAGAUCGCCUCAUUCGUGCUCCGGAGCUGGUCUGGUCCCAGGACAGAAAUGUGAUUGAAACCCAGUUGCUGGGAAGUUCCUAAGGAAUCAUUGCAUUUCCCUCUCCCAGAACAGACAGCCUAACUUGUCUCAAGCAGAGACAGGUUCCUGGUAUCUCUGCCUUCUCUGCCAGCGCUGUUCCAACACCCAAACAAAAAAAGAACAAGGCCCCAGGAAGUCUGGGUGCCCCGUGGUCCUGGACAGCGUGGAUGGGCAUCUGUGGCCACGGGCCUGCCCGUGUGCAGCCCCAAGCCCACGCCUGGAAGGUCCCGACAGUGAGUCCCCACAGCCGUCCUGGGAGCAGCCGCGCCGUGGGCUCUGCCUUGCUUUGCUUAUGUUUAGCUGUUUCUCUGCCACCUUUUGAGCAGAUUUCUUUACUACACUUAACUGCACUGGAUUGCUAUAUUUUUAACCAGAAAUAAACUAAAGA